AUCAUCACCAUCGUUAUCAUCAUCAUCAUUAUCGUCAUCAUCAACAUCAUCAUCAAUCAUAGUCAUCAUUAUUUUGCGAUUAUUACGUUUGAUCUAGUCAGAGUUGCAUUGAUAUACAAAAGUCAAUAUUGAUUAAAACAACGCUCGGAUUAUCCAGCUCCCCUCAACCCGCCCGAUGAAUUUGCGGCCGAAGGAUUUAACCAGACUUGUAUAAAGUUGAAGUGGAAGAAGCCUCCGGGGCGCGUCACUGGCAUUUACAGUAAAUACCUCAUCUCCUACUGGCUAUCAGGCCACGCCCCUGUGUCGAAUGUAGACGUCACCAACAUCACCGUUUCUGUUGACCCACGAGAAAAGGGCUCGUAUACUGAGCUUAUACGUGGGCUUCAGUCCGAAAGAGUGUACAGUUUUAAGAUAACAGCUUUCACUGUAGACUACGGGCCGUUCAGCGAUCCGGUAUCAGCACUGGCCAGUGGAGUCCCUAUUGAGCCACCAUCCAACGUCAUGUCACACAACGGCACUUCCCAGAAUCCCAAGCACACCUGCUUUAUCACAUGGGAAGAUGUGCCCGCGCAUGCCCAAAGAGGAACUCUGCUGAGUUACGUCGUAACAUAUCGCCUGGCCACCAGAGACGAGAGGGUCUAUACAGUUGACACGACCGUGCCGAGUUGUAAUAACAGCGUGGUGAUCGAAGGUCUCGAGAUGUAUUCCACUUACAUUGUGACGGUGGCCGGAUUGACAAGCUCGGGGUAUGGUGUGGCUAGUGAUCCAGUUUAUUGCUACACCGACGGUUUAGCACCCACUGGUCACGUGACUAUUUUGACAAGCUCCACCCAUUCCAAGCACAGUUGCCUGAUUGGCUGGGGCCCUGUGGACGAAGCUCUGCGUUAUGGACAAAUCCUUGGUUACAACAUCACUUAUAACGGAAGUGACGUCACAAAUAUGGUGGUUGACAGCAAUACCUUAAGCGCAGUGGUCAGCGGUCUAGACGUGUUCACGCAGUAUGUGUUUACCGUGAGGGCGUUCAAUAAAUAUGGACUGGGGAACAAUGCGAGCUCGACCGCGUGUCGUACUGGUGAAGGAGCACCUCCAGAGAUCCCACGAGACCUUGCAGUACUGUCCACAGAAUGGGAGUACCGUCCAAGCGAUUCAUGUGAGCUGGAAUGGAGUCCCGUGACAUCAUCCAUAGCGGGCACCAUGAGAGGUUACGCCAUCCGAGUCUAUAAUACCAAUGCGACAAAUCCAGCAGAACAGCUCAUCGCCUUAUGCGUCAGCAAAACUACGUACAACUUAACAGACCUAUCGCCUUUCCACAUGUACAACAUCUCGAUAUCAGCGUUCACCACGGAGUAUGGGGAAUUUAGCCAAUCUGUGUCCUGUCUUACGGGGGAAGCUCGUCCUCAUCCUCCAAACAUUUCAUGUCAAGCAAUCGGAAGUGACUCCAUAAGAAUUCUGAUCGAAACUAUCCCCAUGUCCCUGCGAAACGGGAUAAUACGGGGCAUCCUUGUAGAAGUUCACCAAGAAGGCAUGGGCCAAGUUCUAAACAAAGAAGCCCUUUGGGCGAGCCAGUAUGAUGUCCAUGGCCUUAAGGUUUAUACGAAUUACACCGUCAGGGUGGCUGCCACGACAUUGUUUAGGGGAAACUUCAGCGAGGAAAUCCUAUGUACGACGAACGAAGGCGGUAAGUGCCGCAAUAGUCUAACAGCCGCCAUUUUACCAUCCUAA